AUGUUGUCCCUUUAUCUCCUUAUUCUGUGUCUCAUUUUUCCAUUACUUUUGUUCUUUCUGAAACGUAGAAGAACCAUUAAAGCCCCUCAUCCACCUGGUCCUAGAGGGUUGCCAAUAAUAGGGAACCUUCAUCAGCUAGACAAUUCUAUUCCUUAUCUACAAUUUUCUCAACUCUCAAAAAUAUAUGGACCAUUAUUUUCACUUAAAAGACAAGCUAUAGUUGUUUCUUCAGCUGAAAUUGCCAAAGAAAUAUUUAACAACAAUGAUCUUGUGUUUUCUAAUAGACCUAUAGUAUAUGGUCAACAAAAACUAUCUUAUAAUGGGUCAGAAAUGGCAUUUUCUCCAUAUGGUGAUUUUUGGAGAGAUAUAAGAAAACUUUGUGUUAUUCAUUUAUUUAGUGCCAAGCGUGUGUCAUCUUAUGCCUCUAUAAGAAAGUUUGAGGUGAAACAAAUGAUCAAAAAGAUUUCCAAUCAUGCUGCUUCUUCAAGUGUUACAAAUUUGAGUGAGAUAGUGACUUCUCUCACAAGAUAUGAUGUUUGGGUUCGACAUGGUGAGAAGAAACCAAAACCUGGUGAUCUUAAUGAUAAUAAUAUGAAUCAUGAAGAGGAUCAAAUUGACGAUAUCGGUGGAUUAUUGCAUGAAAGAUUUAGAGAUGUUGUACAAGAAGAAAAUGAAGAAAGUGUAGGCCUCAACGAAGAUGCAAAAAAGUUCUACAAUCUAGUCGAAGAAGCCAAACAAGAUUUGUAUCCGGGUUGCAAAAAUUUCUCUAAAUUGUCAUUCACCAUUCGUCUUUAUUUAUUGAAAUGUCUUUAUGGUUGGAGCAACGUGUCAUUCAAUGCUCUCUUAGAGUUGUUGAGAGAAGCUAUGCCUUCAUUGAACAUCCCUGAUACGUUCAACAAAGCAAAAGGCAUGAUAAGGGACUUAGGUUUGGAUUAUAAGAAGAUUGAUGCUUGA